AUGGCCAGUCUCUGGCGCCGGGCGCCCGGAAAGGCCGUCCUAUACUUGACCGACGCAGGCUAUAAUCAGGGUGUCAUGGGCACCGUCAGCUCAACCCCCGGCUUCAUCGAAAUGGCCCAGAUCGGCUCCGACGGCGUCGUCACCCAUUCCGUCAAGCAAGGCGGUCUCAUUGCCGCCUACUAUUUCGGCGCCAUGUGUGCCUGUUUUCUCGGCGGAUGGAUCGGUGACAGGAUCGGCCGUAAGCGCGGCACGCUCGUCGGCGUGCUCCUCGGAAUCACGGGCGCGGGCCUCAUGGCCGGCAGCAGCAGCGCGAGCAUGUUUCUCUGCGCGCGCGUCGUCGCCGGCCUGGGCGUCGGCUUCGUCAGCGUCACCGUGCUGCCGUGGGUCAGCGAGCUCUCGGCCGCGCACGACCGCGGCGCCGCCUUCUCGCUCGUCUUUACCGCCAACUUUGCCGGCAUCGCCGCGGCGAGCUGGCUCAACUUUGGCGUGCGCGACACGGGCCGCGCGUUUCGCUGGCGCUUCCCCUUGGCGUUUAUGGCGAGCCCGCUGCUCCUUGUCGCCGCUGCGCUGUUCUUCUUGCCCGAGUCGCCGAGACGAGACCUGUCGCCGGCCGAUCCCGCCAUCGUGACGGAGCUUGCCCACCUGGACGCCACAUUUGCCCAUGGCCGUCAACCGGGCGCGUUUCUCAAUCUGCUGCUCGGCGGCGGGCGCUCGGGCAGGCUGCACCUCGGGCGGCGGGCGGUCAUGGGCUGCGCGCUCCAGUGGAUGCAGCAGUGGACGGGCAUCCUCGCCAUUGUCGGCUGGACGGGCGAGCUGUUCCGCCUCGCCGGGUUCGACGCCUACAAGUCGCUCUGGCUCGCCGGCCUCGUCAACACGCUUGGAGUUCCCGGAACGGCAGCGGCCGCUCUCGUCAUUGACCGCAUGGGACGGGUCGGGUCCCUCAUGGUCUCAUUCAUCACGCAGGGUAUCGCCCCGUUUCUGGUGGCCGCCUUUGUCAAGACAUCCCAGGACGCCGUGGCCACGGACCCGGCCACGUCUGUACAGCUUGGCACCGCUGCGGCGUCGUUUGUGUUUGUGUACAUUUGGUUCUUCACCAUGUUCAACAUCGUGCCAUGCUGGAUCUAUGGUACCGAGAUUUGGCCUCAGGAGAUGCGCGCCACAGGGUACAGCUUCACCAUAUUUGGCUGGGCCGCUGGGUGCGGCAUGACGCAGUUUGUGAUUCUCAUCAUGCUCCUGAAGCUCGGCUACAAGACCUACCUCUUCUUUGGCGUCAUGAAUAUUGCGGCAAUGCCAAUCGUGUGGUACCUGUAUCCCGAGGUCGCGAAACGGUCCCUCGAGGAGAUGAGUCUCUUGUUUACGAGCGACAGCCUCUUGGUAAGCGAAAACAUAAAGGCAUACCAUCAGCGCGUGGCGGCCGCCGGAGGUGAUGUCGCAGUCGCUUCCAGACGCUUGCUGGACGAAGUCCAAGGCAGCGACAAGGAAGCUCAGAGGACUGACAAAAGCCCUGCGAGAUGA